AUGCUCAGGCUGAGGUACCAUCUACCACCAAUCAAGCAGAUGAGUCACACAAUCCUCAAUAUUCUGGCUAUUCUGGAGUGGGGCAAGGAGACUCCUGCUGCUCCUACCCCAGGCUUUGAGUUGAAUGAACUUUCUCACAAUGUGAAGCUGGUGGAUGAUACAGAUCAGAUUUUCACUCCCAAUCAUUCCUGUUGUUCCCCCUUUCAACAUGCAAGAUCAAUAUACAUGCACCGACGUGUUGGACUUUUUCAAAGGGUCUGUUUGAAUUUCGACAGAUCCUCUGAAGGUAAGUCAUUUCAAACCUACCUGUGGACAAAUCAUAGUGCAAUCACAAUCAACCAGAUGAACUUGGCAGCAAUCUCAUGGACUCUCGAAGGCUACUUUGGAAUAGUGCUCUUCAGUUCUCUGGAAAUAUGCUCGGUGGUUGAUGUUGCUCUUGCUCCUGCUUCCAAAGCUCAUUGUUCAAUCACUACUCCUUGUGUCAACGAUCCAGUACCUUCCAAAACAACUUCAACUAUCAUAGCGCAAUUAGACACUAACUAUUAUCAUAAUUUGGAUCCUGCCCUCUGGUUGAGUGCACCACUGAAUACAGAUUCCAAAAAGUCAGACACAUUGAGCGAUGAAGGUGGUGGAGAUGAGGAGAUUGGUUGGGAGAAGUCGGUGGACAUCAUGAUACACACCCCACAUUCAUGCAAUGAAGAUGACCAAGUGGCUGGGAGAACCUUGGUGGUUGGUGGUGAUUUGAGCAAGGGUAGUACAACAAUGAAUCAAGAGAGCACUCCCCAGAUUCAUUCAUUUGUCAUGUUUUUCCCCUUCUUCCCCCAGUCUCUUUAUACUCGACUGGGGACUUAUGAAGUCCUUGUCUGA